ACAGAGAGCGAUGAAAAUAUGGCACAAAGUUUGGGUUACAGGGUCGCCCGUUUCUGUUGCUACAGACUGAACGCGGGGGGUCCGCAGUGGACUCGUAACUUCAGCAAGGAAACUCAGUCAUUGACCAUACGGGAGCAAGAAAACGGAAUAAGGAGGAUCAUUCUGAAUAACCCAAAGAAGAGAAAUGCACUCUCUUUGCCCAUGCUGACCUCGCUGCGAGAGAACAUACUGACUGACCUGGACAGAGAUGACCUACGAGUGAUCAUCAUAUCGGCAAGGGGCCCAGUGUUCUCUUCAGGUCAUGACCUUAAGGAGCUGACCUCAGACCAGGGUAGAGAAUACCACACCAGGGUCUUUCAGACUUGCUCAGAGGUAAUGACCUUGAUCCAGGAUGUCCCAGUGCCUGUAAUCGCCAUGGUGAAUGGUGUUGCGACAGCAGCAGGGUGCCAGCUGGUUGCCAGUUGUGACAUUGCUGUUGCAUCAGAGAAAUCUACCUUUGCGACCCCAGGAGUGAACAUUGGUCUGUUCUGUUCCACGCCAGGGGUGGCCAUUGGUAGAGCUGUGCCAAAGAAGGUUGCCAUGGAGAUGUUGUUCACGGGCCAGCCAAUCUCGGCCCAGGAUGCACUGCUUCACGGACUGGUUAGUAAAGUGGUGAGUGAGGAUAGGUUGGAAGAGGAAACUCUGGCCAUCGCUCAGCGUGUGUGCGAGUCUAGCCGGCCCGUGGUAGCCCUGGGCAAAGCCACAUUCCACAGACAGAUGGCGCAGGGUCGGGAUGCCGCUUACGCCACCGCCUCCAAGGUCAUGGUGGAUAACCUUGCUCUUCGAGACGGGCAAGAGGGAAUCCGUGCAUUCCUGGAAAAACGGAGGCCUGUGUGGACAAACAGCUCAGAGAAAGCCCAUGAGUAAUUCCUAUGAACAGCUGAUGGUACUUGCCUAAAUGAACACUGUGCCUCUUUAAUGAUCACUUCAAUAAACAGUCACCUGAGAGCUGUAUCAUCUAAGGAUGGUGAAACAUACUGUAAUACUAAACUUUGGAAGUACCGUAAACUCUUCACUCACUCAGUCACACAAACACACACAUAACCUGUGAUUUUCUCUAAAUCAGUAAAACUGUGAGGUCUUUGGAGAGCUGUGUGUGGAUUUGCCUGAUAUUCAAGGGCACUGUCACUGGGCUGUGGGAGACGUUCAGUUGAUAUAAUCAACAAUCGACAAAAAAGUUACCUAGAGAUUUUUAUGUACCUUCAAAUGUUUUUGGAAUAAAUCGCUCAUCACAGGG